AUGGACACAUUAAGUAUCAAAAAAGGCAUUCAUCAUGCAAUGAUGUACAUUGUUGUUGGUCUUUAUGGCAUCUGCGACUACUUUAUCGAUGGUUCAGUGUCUAAUUUCAUAUUAAAUCAGCCACAAUUGGAAGCUGCUGUUGCAAUUAUGUUACAGAUCAUCACUUUCUUCCCAUCAGAAUCAAAGAAGAUGGAUCUCUUGUUCAAGAGAGUCCUUACGAAGAGAAAACUUAAUCUUGCCGAAAGAUUCUUGAUUUACCAAUGCUACAGAAUCAAAGUAAGAAGAUUAGUAUCUGAUACUAAAGAUACUUUAGAGACAUUCAAUAAAUUGAAAGCAAAGAACGAUACAGUCAAAUCAAUUAUCAAAUCAUUUUGGGAUAAACAAGAUGCUGAUAAUUCAUUCUUGUCAAACUUAAGUAUCACUGUUAAUGAUGUCAAUUCAUUGUUCAAAGCAUGCUUGGCAAGUAAUCCAAACAACUUAAGAAUGACAAAUGAAUACGCGAACUUUUUGGCUGAAUGCAAAUGUGACUUUGAUGCUGCAAUCAUUGAAAGUAUCAAAGCAGAUAUGAUUGCUGAUGGAAGAAACUUCAACGUUGAUAUUUCAUUCAGAAGUGUUGUCAACAAAUUCCCAAGAUAUCUUAAAGACAAAGUUCUUGAUGUCAAAGGAAGAAGAGUUCUCAAAGGAAACAUGAAAUCAAAUGGAAGUGAAAGCAAGAAUUCAAGCUCAUCAUCAAGAAAUGAUUCAUUUGAUUCCAAAUCCGUUGAUUUCGAAAGACAAGAACUCGUUUCAAAGAAGAUUUUAAGAGAUGCAAAAGUCAGAUUAGCAUUUCAUCAUGCAAUUAUGGAUACAAGACCAUGGCAAUAUAAUACAAUUGCUAUGUUAACAUUAUGGGAUGUUCUAUUAAUUUGCGUUUUCUUCAUCGGUUUCUAUGCUUAUUUAUUAUCAAAUCUCAGAUGGAGAAGAAGCAGUUAUAGCGAUUUAUCUGAUGCUGGCUAUGCAACAUUCUAUUCUGUCUAUGCAAAUGUUUACACACUUUCAAAAUUCGCAUCAGAUAAUGGCAGAUAUAACACAAGCAAUGCAAUCUUAGGAAAUAUUUCCAUUGAUGAUGGAACUGUUGAAACAUUGUUACCAACAGAAUAUUCGAUGGGAAUGAAGACAUUCUUCUGUUUGAACAAAUCAAACAUGUACUUAAGAACAUUGUUACAAUCAUUAGCUGAUCAAGCUAUGGAUGAUAAUGAUCCAUACGAAAUUGCUUCCAUUUUAAUUGCUGUUAAUUCAUCAUUUAAUGUUUGCGAUAAAGCAAGUCCACAGUUUAAGAUCAAAGCAUCAUUAAAAGCUUUAGUUUUAGUUAUCAAUUACCAUUCAAACUAUUUAGCUGGUGUUCAGGACGAACAAGUUAUUCCGAAUAUUUUCGAGAAUAAUGAUUAUUGCCAGAUCAUGUCGAAUAUUCCGAUGAUUGCUACAAAUGCUGAUGAAACAUUCAGAUCAAUCCUUAAUUAUAAUGUUGAAAAAGCUUCAACAUACAAAGCUAAAUUCAUGACAUGGAUGAUUGUUGGUUCUCUCAUGAUCUUCUUCGGUAUUGCUUUACCAGCUGUUAUCAUUAUUAAUACUUAUAACAGUAUGGUUGAUAGGAUCAUCAAAGUUUUGUUGGCAUUACCAAGUGCUGUUAAAGAAGAUGCAAAGAGACCAUUAAUGAUCAACUCAUCAGAAGACAAGAAUGAGUUAACAACAUCAAAAGUUGAAUCAUCAAACAUCAUGGAAGUUUUGCCAAGAAUUUUCUUCUUCUUCUUGUUCGGAAUUGUUGGAACAUACAUUGCAUUCUGUUAUACAUCAAUACAAGUUAAUGACAGACUUACACUGAUUCUCAAGUGGUUCUACUAUUCAUGCACAAGAAUUACAAUGGCAUCUCAAUUAGGUAACAAUGCUUUGCAAUUGAUCUUCUUGAAUGGUUCAUUAAAUCAAUCAAUUAUGGAUCGAGAUGCACUUGUUCAAAUAGAAACAUCAGGAUUGCAAAAAUUAAGAGAUGCGGAAUCAAUUUUAUUGCAAGGAAAUGAUGAAAUUAAAGGAUCUAUUGGUUACGAUGCUAAAUUAGAUCAAAUGAAUAUCCAGAGUCAAUGCACGUUAGGAAGAGAUCCAAAGACAAUCCAUGAUAUGUACGCAUGUGGAAGUAUCGAUGCACAAAUUCAUAUCUUUAGACAAAAGGUUGAAGAAGUUAUUAAAACUCCCGAACAUUUCAAUGGAGCAAUGAACAAUGAAGUAGCUGCAAACAUGGCUCACAUUUUGCGUUUCCACUUCUAUCCAUGUGUUAUUAGAGCAACAAAGAGAAUCUCUGAAGUCAUGGAAAAUGCUUAUGACAAAGCCAUGAGAUUUGACAUUUUGUUUGUUGUCAUUGGCAUGAUUUGCAUGGUUAUAAUUUUCACAUUGCCAUGGUUCUUCAGAGAUUUCGUUAUUCAAAACUACAGAAUGUUGUUGAUGGCCUUGCAACAUCUUCCUCCUCAAACAAUUGUUGAUACUCCUGAAAUCUUAGAGAUCUUUUCAAGGAGAAAGAAAUCAAACAAAGCAGAAAAGAUGUCUGUUUCUAAAUCAAUUGUUUAUGGAGCAAGUGAAUGCAUCAUUAUCACAAACUCAAACUCUGUCAUUGAAAUUGUCAACCAAAGUGUAACAGAUAACAUUGGCUUAACACCAGAUCAAAUGUUAGGCCAACACAUUGCAAACUUUGUUUCAGACAAUGAUCAGCAGAGAUUGAACCAACAAAUUGAUUUAAUGGUAAAUGGCCAAGGAUCAUCAUUCUGGCAAGAUCAUUUACAGUUAACUAAUGAUAACAAUGAAAUGAUUCCAUUCAGUGUAACAAUGAUUGGAAUGAAGGAUAAUGAUGAAUCAACAGAUAUUAAAUCCUUUGUUUACAUUUUGACAAAUGAAACGGAUGAAAUCGAGAAGCGCAAAGCAGCUGAAGAAGCCAAAGCCAAAUCAGAGAAAUUGUUGUAUCAAAUCUUACCAAAGGACAUCGUCAUUAGACUCAACAGAGGCGAAACUGAUAUUUCAUUCUCUAUUCCAUCAGCAACAAUCUUCUUCAUUGAUAUUGUCAAGUUCUCUGCUUAUACAGCAAACUUGACACCAUCAGAAAUUAUGGCAAACUUGAGCCUUGUUUUUGCCACAUUUGAUGGAAUUGUUUCGGAAUAUCCAAGCAUCACAAAGAUCAAAUUAAUUGGUGAUGUUUACAUGGCAGCAGCUGGUUUGUUCCAAACAGAAGAAGAUAAGUACAACCAUGCAGAAGAUGCCGUCAGAUGCUGCUUAAGAGUUCAAAAGGCAAUGGAAGAAAUCAACAUGAAAUUAAAUGCUUCACUCGAAGUCAGAAUUGGUGUCAACAGUGGUGGCCCACUGAUUGGCGGCGUUUUAGGUACAGAUAAACCAACAUUCGAUAUUAUUGGUGAUACAAUCAAUGUUGCUGCUAGAUUACAAUCAACAGAUAUCCCUGGAAAUGUACAGAUAUCAGGUGAUACUAAAGCAAUGAUUGAGAACUUAGACUUUGAAAUCGAAGAACGCGGUGAAAUUGACCUCAAAGGUAAAGGUAAUAGACUUACAUACUUUGUUAAUUUACCAAAGCAGAAUGACUUAGAACAGUCAUUUACUGCAACUAUUACUGGAAGAAAAGAAUAA